AGCCAGGGCAUCCAGCCGGCGCACGCCAACCCCAGAGGCGAGCUGAGCGCCGGGCAGCUGCUCAAGUGGAUCGACACCACCGCCUGCCUGGCGGGGCUAUAAGGAUUCUUCUUUCAGAAUUCUCCUAUCAGAUCAAAUCUCCCACAUAUAACAACGAUAUAAACUAUGGACAAAACUUUAAUUAAAAACUGCCUGAAGACAACUUGAAAAUUAAAAAAGGCAGCUUGGAACACUUGAAAGGCAACAGCUGGAAGAAGGAAAUGCUGAAAAACAUGCUGGGGUUUCCUGUGUUACAGCCUCUGUGGAUGACAUACAAUUUGAAGAGACUGCUAGAGUUGGACAAGUUAUAACCAUCAAAGCCAAAGUUACUAGAGCAUUCAGCACAAGCAUGGAGAUCAGCAUCAAGGUCAUAGUUCAGGACAUGGCCACUGGCGUUGAGAAGCUUGUUAGUAUGGCGUUCUCUACAUUUGUAGCCAAACCAGUUGGAAAAGAAAAGAUUCAUUUAAAACCCGUCACACUUCUAACUGAACAAGAUCGUGUGGAGCAUAAUCUGGCUUCGGAGAGAAGGAAAGUUCGAUUACAGCAUGAAGAUACCUUUAACAACUUAAUAAAGGAAAGCAGCACAUUGGAUGAUACCAUUUGUGAUGAAGAGGAAGGAACCAUUUCCCCCGGAGUCACCUCUGUUCAGAGCAUUGAACUUGUCCUCCCACCUCACGCAAACCAUCAAGGAAAUACAUUUGGUGGCCAGAUUAUGGCUUGGAUGGAGACAGUGGCUACUAUUUCUGCAAGCCGCCUCUGUCAAGCACACCCCGUUCUGAAGUCUGUGGAUAUGUUUAAGUUCCGGGGACCAUCAACAGUUGGGGAUCGCCUUGUCUUCAGUGCUACUGUCAACAAUACAUUUCAGACCUGUGUUGAAGUUGGCGUGCGCGUGGAGGCGUUUGACUGUCAGGAGUGGUCUGAAGGCCGAGGCAGGCACAUCAACAGUGCUUUCCUCAUUUAUAAUGCUGUUAACAGUAAGGAAGAGCUCAUCACGUUGCCCAGGAUCAAACCCUCUUCAAAGGAUGAUUUUAGAAGGUAUCGUGGAGCUAUUGCACGCAAGAGAAUUCGCCUAGGCAGAAAAUAUGUUACUUCCCACAAAGAAGAGAUUCUGCUUUGCAUACACUGGGAUAUACACAACCAGGAAUCUCUGAGUCAUGGCAAUGUGGAGGCUCUCAAAAAGCUGGCAGCCAAAAGUGGUUGGGAGUUUACCAGUGCUGUGGACAAGAUGAAAAUUUAUACUCUGGAGGAGUAUGAUGUUUUAUCUAUUUGGGUUGAAAAGAAUGUGGAAAGACCAGCACAUGUGGCUUAUCAUCUCUUGUCAGACUUUACAAAGCGACCUUCGUGGGACCGUCAUUUCUUGUCCUGUGAAGUCAUAGAGUGUGUGAGUGAAAAUGAUCGUAUAUACUACAUCACCUGUCCUGCAGUGAAUGGUGACAAACCCAAAGACUUGGUAGUACUUGUAUCACAAAGAAAGCCUCUCAAAGAUGGUAACAGUUACACAGUGGCAGCAAAGUCAGUUGUUCUGCCAUCAGUCCCACCUUCUCCACAGUAUAUCAGAAGUGAAACCAUAUGUGCUGGAUUUCUGAUCAAUGCUAUUGACAGCAGUUCAUGUACAGUGUCUUACUUUAACCAGAUUUCUUCUGGCCUCCUUCCUUACUUUACCGGGAAUAUUGGUGGCUGGUCAAAAUCCAUUGAAGAAACAGCAGCCUCUUGUAUACAAUUCAUAGAGAAUGCUCCUGAAGAUAGAUGUAUAAACAUAUCUUAAACAGUCAACUUUCAAUUAUCUAUAUGUUGGUUUCCCUGUUUUUAAUUCCAAGCACACUUACCCCUGGCACUUGGCAAGCUUUGGAGUCACUGAAUGAUUUAAUAUCAGCCUACGCAGAAUGCAGUUAGGAAGAGGUUAAAAACGAAAUGCAUCUCAAGUCAAAUACCAGUGAUUUGAAUUAGCAUUAAAAAAGCUUUAAAAUUCUUUUUAGAUCAUCUAGGCCUCUAUUCUCUUCCAGAUGCACAGGUAAUAAUAAAAUUGCCUACAUGAAGCAUUGUAUUUUCUGUAAAAUUUAACAAAUUUGGUUAAAGUGAUCAUAAACAUUUUUCAUGUUACAGAAAUGUGUUCUGUUUGAAAUUUGUAUUUUUAUAAAAUCUGAAAUGACUUGUAA